GAGCCUGCCUGGACCUGCAGUCGUGGUGGGUGCGGCCUCGCCUGCGCGACCGACCAGGCCCCGCCCCGGCCCCGCCCCCGCGGCCGGCUCCGGUCCCCGCCGCUUGGGGAGCACCAGGCUUGGGACGCGCCCCUCACCGAUGUAGGAAAAUUACCUGGGGUGGCGGGGGCGGGGCGGUGCCGGGAGGAGCUUCUGCCCUCUCGCUCCGCCUGGGCCGCGCACCCCGCACCCUCUGCGUGACCCAGACUCUACCCGCCCCCUCAUCGCAGUCACCCCAGGAGGGCUCUGGGAGACGCCCGAACUGGGCUCCCCCUCCUCCUGCAUUAAAAAACAAAAACAAAACCCGACCUUUCCGGGCCUCCUGGGUCCGCCAAGAAACCGGGAGCCUCCGGCCUCUGGCCGAUUGCUCCGGACUGCGGGGCGUCCCGGCGCGGGGCCAAACGCUGGGCGGGGGCGGAGGCGGGGGCCUUUAAAAGGCUCCGCCGGCCGGGACCCGACCCAGACGCGGGCAGCGCCUGGACUCGCCGCCGCCGCCUAGGGACUCGGACAGCCCCGCAGCGCUCCGGGUCCUCCUCCUCUCGCGAACGCCCUCCGCAGCGAUGGACGGAGACGGUGACCCAGGGAGCGUGGGCCAGCCGGAGGAGGUAAGCCCGGAGGAGCAGCAGGAGGAGGCGUGCGCGGAGGAGGCGAGCGGCGGGGAGGAGCGGCCGGAGGAGGGGGAGGAGGAGGCGGCGUACCUGGACGAGCUGCCAGAGCCGCUGCUGCUGCGUGUGCUGGCCGAGCUGCCGGCCGCCCAGCUGGUGCAGGCCUGCCGCCUGGUGUGCCUUCGCUGGAAGGAGCUGGUGGACGGCGCCCCCCUGUGGCUUCUCAAGUGCCAGCAGGAGGGGCUGGUGCCCCCGGACGGCCCCGAGGACGAGCGCGACCACUGGCAGCAGUUCUACUUCCUGAGCAAGAGGCGGCGCAACCUGCUGCGCAACCCAUGUGGGGAAGAGGACCUGGAGGGCUGGUGCGACGUGGAGCACGGUGGGGACGGCUGGAGGGUGGAGGAGCUGCCCGGAGACUGCGGAGUAGAAUUCAUCCACGAUGAGAGCGUCAAGAAGUACUUCGCCUCUUCCUUCGAGUGGUGUCGCAAAGCGCAGAUUAUUGAUCUGCAGGCUGAGGGCUACUGGGAGGAGCUACUGGACACCACUCAGCCGGCCAUCGUGGUGAAGGACUGGUACUCGGGCCGCAGAGACGCCGGCUGCCUGUACGAGCUCACGGUGAAGCUGCUGUCGGAGCACGAGGACGUGCUGGCCGAGUUCAACAGCGGGCAGGUGGCAGUGCCGGCGGACAGCGACGACGGUGGCUGGAUUGAGAUCUCCCACACCUUCACCGACUAUGGGCCCGGCGUCCGCUUCGUCCGCUUCGAGCAUGGGGGACAGGACUGCGUCUACUGGAAGGGCUGGUUCGGGGCUCGGGUGACCAACAGCAGCGUGUGGGUGGAGCCCUGAGUGACCUGUCCUCCAGCCUCUCCCAGCUGCCUUGGAGGGGCAGAGGCCCAGGAUUAGAUAGGCCUUAGUAGCAUCCUCACCCUCCCCACCCCCACGCACUCCUCUCCGUCCCAUAUUCUAAGCCCAGCCCCCACAUAGGGAGAGAGAGGUUUUGUUGGUAUAUAUUUGCAUCCAGAAAAUAAGAUGGGUGAGGGCGUGGGUCUGCACUGGGCCGACCACUAAAUCCCCUAGCACUUGUCCUCUAGCACAGUGCCUGCCACUGUGGGCGUUCAAUAAAUAUUAUUUGUCCCAGGAAGGAAUGAAUGAA